AGCGCCACGAAGAAGAGUUUAGUCUUCUGUGCAGCAAUUGACAGCAGAGCUACGUAGUACAGUGUGUGGGAACUCAGGAGACGGUUUUCCGUGCGUGUUGUGUUGAGUACCAACAAUGGCCCUGUUGAAAUCUAGCAAGAUCAUUUCUACCGUCUGGGUACACCCUCCAUUGGGUGUGCGCUCCAUUCGUGCCAGUUCAUGGUGGUCCGAGGUGCAGAUGGGUCCCCCUGACCCCAUCCUGGGGGUGUCAGAGGCCUACAAGCGUGACACCAACCCUAAGAAGAUUAAUCUGGGUGUAGGAGCAUACCGUGAUGAUCAGGGCAAACCAUAUGUCCUCAGCUGUGUUCGCAAGGCUGAAGCUCAGAUUGCUGCAAAGAAGCUGGACAAAGAAUACCUGGCUAUUGGUGGUCUGGGGGACUUUACCAAGGCAUGCGCCAAGCUGGCUUUGGGAGACAACAAUGAGGUUAUCGAGAGUGGCAGGAACAUCACUGUCCAAACUAUUUCUGGAACUGGGUCCUUGAGAAUCGGAGCCAACUUCCUGUCCCGUUUCCAUACAGAGGCCAGGGACGUGUACCUGCCCAAGCCCUCCUGGGGGAACCAUACACCCAUCUUCAGAGACGCUGGGAUGCAACUGAAGGCAUACACCUACUAUGACCCAAAGACCUGUGGCUUUGACUUCCAGGGAGCCCUGAAUGACAUCUCUAAAAUUCCUGAGAAAAGUGUCAUCAUGCUUCAUGCCUGUGCCCACAACCCCACAGGAGUGGACCCUCGGCCAGAGCAGUGGAAGGAGAUUGCUAACCUGGUGAAGAAAAGGAACCUCCUAGUUUUCUUUGACAUGGCCUACCAGGGCUUUGCCAGUGGUGAUAUUGACCGUGAUGCCUGGGCUGUCCGUUAUUUCAUUGAGCAAGGCCACAACAUUGUGCUCUCUCAGUCUUUUGCUAAGAACAUGGGUCUCUAUGGUGAGCGUGUUGGGGGCUUCACUGUCGUGUGUAAGGAUGCUGAGGAGGCCAAGCGUGUGGAGUCCCAGCUGAAGAUCCUCAUUCGGCCCAUCUACUCCAACCCUCCCAUGAACGGGGCACGCAUCGCUGCCACCAUCCUCAAUACUCCAGACCUGUACAAAGAGUGGCUGGGGGAGGUGCAUGGCAUGGCUAACCGCAUCAUCACAAUGAGGGAGCUGUUAGUGGCCAACCUGAAGAAGGAGGGCUCCACUCAGAACUGGCAGCACGUCAUUGACCAGAUUGGCAUGUUCUGUUUCACAGGGCUGAAGCCUGAACAGGUGGCGCGCCUCACAAAGGAGUUCUCCGUCUACAUGACAAAGGAUGGGCGUAUCUCCAUGGCUGGCGUCACCUCUGGCAAUGUGGGUUACCUUGCACAAGGUAUCCAUGCAGUGACCAAGUGAGAUGGCUAACCAGGAGUCACACCAUCGUCACCACCAGAGGAUAGAGGGGCGGUAGCUUCAGACAAGAAAAACAAAACAACUUUUAUGUAAAUUAAUCCUCUCCUCUGCUUUCCUUUAGGGAAGACUCAAAAGUAAUAAGAUACCAUAGGGUUACUUUUUAUUUGGCAUUUUCUGUUGGCAUUGUCUAGAUAUUGUAUGUUGGACUAUCUGUGACUAGGUUUUUAAAUGUGCAGUUCCCUGAAAAAAUAUCCAUGGAAUUCUUGAAUCUUUUUUUACCCUCCCUCAGACAUGCAUGCAGUGGUCAUGAGCUCAAAAUAUCUUGUGUAAGUCAUACUUGACAAUGAAAACUAACAAGCACAAUAUCACUGUUUGGAAUCACGUCUUAUAUUGCAGCAUGUCCUCUCACUUGGCCUGAGCACACCCUGUCUCUAAGAACUGGGCUCAACUAUUGGCUGUGAUAUGGAACACCAAAGUAAUAAUGGUUAAGACAUUUUUCUAGAAAAUUCUUUCCUAAAGAUACUGUCUCUUUAAGGUAAUUGUAUUGAAAUGUGCAUCUCAUUUAUUAAGGAUUCAUUUACAAAACCUUUUUCAAAAAAGAUGUCAGGUGCUACAAACCUUUGUUUCAACUUUAAUGCCAGUGGAACCUUUCUAGGUGAUGGUACUGGGGUCAUGGCACUUGUCUUAUGUGGGAUGAAAUGUGCUGCAUGGAGUCCCUGAUUGUGAUGAUCAGCCAGCCACAAUGUGUGCUAAGGAUGUUAUUUUGCUGUUGUAAUGGAAGAGCACUGUCUACCAAUCAACAACUGCCACAUCUCCCACUGAUACUGUACCAUUUAAUGAAAGAUUAUUUAUAUACACUACCAUUCAAAAGUUUUUGUCCACUAAAAUAACAUCAAAUUGAUCUGACAUACAAUGUAGACAUUGUUAGGGUUGUAAAUGACUAUUGUAGCUGGAAACGGCUGAUUUUUAAUGGGAUAUCUACAUAGGUGUACAGAGGCCCAUUAUCAGCAACCAUCACUUCAGUGCUCCAAUGGCACGCUGUGUUAGUUAAUCCAAGUUUAUCAUUUUAAAAGGCUAGUUGAUCAUUAGAAAACCCUUUUGCAAUUAUGUUAGCACAGCUGAAAACUGUUCUGAUUUAAAGAAGUAUUAAAACUGGCCUUUAGACUAGUUGAAUAUCUGGAGCAUCAGCAUUUGUGGGUUUGAUUACAGGCUUAAAAUGCCCGGAACAAAGACUUUCUUCUGAAACUCAGUCUAUUCUUGUUCUGAGAAGUGAAGGCUAUUCCAUGUGAGAAAUUGCCAAGAAACUGAAGAUCUGGUACAACGCUGGAUACUACUCCCUUCACAGAAAACCGCAAACUGGCUCAAACCAGAAUAGAAACAGGAACGGGAGGCCCCGGUGCACAACUGAGCAAGAGGACAAGUACAUUAGUGUCUAGUUUGAGAAACAGAUGCCUCAAAUGUCCCAAUUUGUAAGUCGCUCUGGAUAAGAGCGUCUGCUAAAUGACUUAAAUGUAAAAGUCCUCAACUGGCAGCUUCAUUAAAUAGUACUCACAAAAUACCAGUCUCAACGUCAACAGUGAAGAGGUGACUCCGGGAUGCUGCCCUUCUGUCCAGUGUUCUUUUAACCAUCUUAAACUUUUAUUGGCCAGUCUGAGAUAUGGCUUUUUCUUUGCAACUCUGCCUAGAAGACCAGGAUCCCGGAGUCGCCUCUUCACUGUUGACGUUGAGACUGGUGUUUUGCGAGUACUAUUUAAUGAAGCUGCUACUUGAGGACUUGUGAGGCAUCUGUUUCUCAAACUAGACGCUAAUGUACUUGUGCUCUUGCUCAGUUGUGCACCACGGCCUCCCAUUCCUUUUUCUAUUCUGGUUAGAGCCAGUCUGUGCUGUUAUGUGAAGGGCGUAGUACUCAGCGUUGUACGAGAUCUUCAGUUUCUUGCAUGGAAUAGCCUUCAUUUCUCAGAACAAGAAUAGACUGAUGAGUUUCAGAAGAAAGUUCUUUGUUUCUGGACAUUUUGAGCCUGUAAUUGAACCCACAAAUGCUGAUGCUCCAGAUACUCAACUAGUCUAAAGAAGGCCAAUUGUAUUGCUUCUUUAAUGAGAACAACAGUUUUCAGCUGUGCGCACAAUUGCAAAAGGGUUUUCUAAUGAUCAAUUAGCUUUUAAAUGAUCAACUUGGAUUAGCUAACACAACGUGCCAUUGGAACACAGGAGUGAUGGUUGCUGAUAAUGGGCCUCUCUACGCCUAUGUAGAUAUUCCAUAAAAAAAUCUGCCGUUUCCAGCUACAAAUGUCAUUUUCAACAUUAACAAUGUCUACACUGUAUUUCUGAUAAUUUUGAUGUUAUUUUAAUGGACAAAAAACAUGGCUUUUCUUUCAAAAACGAGGACAUUUCUAAGUGACCCCAAAUUUUUGAACGGUAGUGUGUGUAAUAUAUGCUGUAUACUGUAUGAACUCUUAACUCUCAAUUUCAGGAGCAUGAAAGGUGUUUUGUUGCUUGCACAUUGUCGUUUACUCCCAUGCCUUCUGAUUUUUUUGAACAUCAUUGAAAGUCAAAUGUAAUCCUUAAGAUGCCCUCUGACUUUCAGUGGUGUACUGUACAUCACAGGCUGCUGGUGGCACCUUCAUUUGUGAGGGCGGGCUCAGUCAUCACUAGAACUAAAUAAAUGGAAUGGUAUCGAAUGCAGUAAACACAUGUUUGAUACCAUUUCAUUCACUUCAUUCUAGCCAUUAUUAGGAGGAGUCCUCCCCUCAGCAGCCUCCUGUGGUGUAUUUUUCUGAGGGGCCAUGGAAAGCACAGUUCAGGCGCCCUGUAACACACUUUCCCUCAAAGCCAAGCACUGGUUUUUACUUUGUGUUGUGAAAGAACAAGAUUAAUGGUGGACUCCACUUUGUACAUUAUGGAAUGCAGGGUCACAAAUGUUCUAAAGCAUGUCAGUAGAAGCUUUGAAUGGGUUUUCAAUCACCUGCUCUGAGGUUCCAGGACUCUGACACCAUGUGGUCUCAGGAGUUAGAAUUGUUUUAUUUUGCACAUUAGGUGGAAGCAUCUGUUCCGAAUAGACACAGAUUUUUAACUACUGUACUCCUGAUCUUUUUCUGGCCAACAUCACUAUCCACAUCUGUCAUAGAUUCAUUAAACCGAAGUUCAUUUGAAUGGUACAAAUCUGAUCAUCAUGAUUGUGCACUGUAAUCUUCUGAGUUUCUCAGAUUUCAUUAAUGUCAGACCAGUGUAAGUUCUCCGUAAAAUAAAGAUGGUUGCACAGUU